AUGUUCCUCUGGCGCUCUCGUCCUCGGGUCGAUGCCAUCCAGCAGGUGAUGGAAGCGGCAGUAGCGGCGGACAAGGCGGAGAAAUACCAGGAGGCAGUAGAUCUCUAUGCUUCCGGUAUUGAGCAGAUGAUGACGCAGCUUUCGCAGCUAUCGGACGAUGAGGCCAAGACGCAAUUUAGAAACAAGAUUAACGAGUAUAUGCUGAGAGCGGAAUAUCUGAAGAAUCAGAUAGCGGAGCAGCACGCACUGAAGCAGACGCCGAAAUCAGUUGGACUCGAUUCUGUGCUGGGUCCUGCAGAACGCACUUUAAAUAGCCAGCAGACGAAAAGAGCAAAGUACGUGAAGGAGCACGCAGCACAUGCUCAUGCUAUUUUGGACGAGGUGCUUGACCAUUCACCAGGAGUGCAGUGGUCGGACAUUGCAGGGUUGAGCGUUGCAAAGCAAAUUUUACAGGAGGCUGUCAUACUACCUACAUUGCGACCCGAUUUGUUUACGGGUUUGCGGGCCCCACCUCGCGGGGUACUUUUGUUUGGUCCGCCGGGAACGGGAAAGACUUUGCUAGCAAAAGCUGUCGCUACGGAGGCAAAUGCAACUUUCUUCAACAUAUCUGCAUCGUCUUUGACGUCCAAGUGGGUUGGUGAAGGCGAGAAGUUGGUUCGAGCAUUGUUUGAGAUGGCACGAGAACUUCAGCCCUCUGUGGUUUUUAUGGACGAGAUCGACGCGCUGUUGGCGGCACGAUCGACAUCGGAGAAUGAUGCGAGCCGAAGGAUCAAAAACCAGUUUUUUACUGAACUAGACGGAGCGGCAUCAUCACAGGAGGACCGGAUUCUUGUCAUGGGCGCUACGAACCUUCCACAAGAGCUGGAUGAGGCUAUCAUACGACGCCUGGAGAAGCGCAUUUACGUGCCUCUUCCAGAUGCUUCUUCUCGUGAAGGGCUUUUCCGGCAUCUACUUGGCAGCCAGAAAUUCUCGUUGUCGUCCAAUGAGAUCAAUCGCAUAGUGAAGUCAACCGAAGGCUAUUCCGGCAGUGACCUCAAGGCUGUGUGCAAGGAUGCUGCUUUGGGUCCAAUCCGUGAGCUUGGUGCAAAGGUCGCGAGUGUAAAAGCUGAAGACGUCCGAGGAAUUAAUGCGUCCGACUUUCAGGUAGCUCUCAAGCGAGUACGCCCGAGCGUGUCAGCGACGACGAUAGAGGCCCUCGUCGCAUGGAAUGAACAAUAUGGAGUGUCUGCAGUAUGA